CUAUAAUAAAUGCAGAUUAUUUUUAUUACAAGAAAAAAUCUUAUAAGGUAAAAAAAGUUUAAGGGUCAUUUGGUUAGGAGUAAAAGAAAGAGAAAAAUCAUGGGAAAAAUAUCUUCAUUAUUAAAUUUGGAUGAUAGGUGCCCAUGUUCACUAGACUAUUCUUUCUAAUUCUGCAUAUAUAUAAACUUUAAAAAAAUAUUGAUAUAGUCCAAUCCUUUUUGUUUUGUAGUUAGAAAAUAAGCCCCAGAGUUACACAGUUAUAAACCAGGGUCAACAAACUAUGCCCCAUGAACCAAAUGUGGAUACAGCUUGUUUUUGUCAUAAUUGCAGGCUAUGAAUACUUUUUUUUUUUUAUGUUUUAAGGAUUUCUUUUUUAAAACAAACAAAAAGCCUAAAAUAUCAACUAUUUGGCCCUUUCCAAAAAAAUGUUUGCUGACUCCAACUCAAAUCCUUAAACUAGUGCUCUAUAUUAGAAGCUAAUCUAGGCUUUAAAGAAUAUUCCUUAUAAUAUAGAAGAGUAUUUACUCUUCCUUAAAAGAAGUAGGUGUAUCCCUUCUUGUGCUGCCUAUUCACACCAACUCAAGCACUGGACUCUCACCCAUUCAUUUAUUAAUUCAUUUGUUGAUUCCACCACAAAGAGAGACAUGUUUCUACCUUUAUGAAGAUUAGUCUCAUAGAAAAGAUAGAAAAUAAACAAAGAAAUAAGCAAAGUAAUUACAGAUCAUGGUAAGUGCCAAGAAUGUGAUAAACCAGGUUGUGUAAAAGAGAAUGCUAGGUGACCUUCUUUAGGAAAAAUGACAUUGAAGCUGAGACUUAUGAGAGCAAGCAAACUUUGCAAGGAGCUAAGUAUCCCGGGAAGAUGGAGCACACAGGCAGUACUCCUUAAACAAAAUAUUUAUAAAACACAGAACAGUUUAGGGCAGUGAAGACAUUAAUAUGUCUUAAUUUCUAACAUCUAGUGAUAUUACUGCAGAUAAGUAAGUGGGUGUCAUCUUUCCAUUCCUCUAUUAAUCACCCAUGGACCUGGUGUCCUGGGAACAAUCUCUACAAACUAGGAACAAAAUACAGUAUUAAAUUUCCACCCCUCACACUUUCCUUUCUAUGCAUACUCUCUUGUAUUGAGUUUCAAUGAAAUUACAUGUUUUGAUUCUAUUUUUUUCGAUUCUUCAGCAAACACAAGCCAUCAGGUACCAAGGAUGAUGGUAGAUCAAGUCUAAUUGGAAUACCAUUUCUCUUCUAAGAGUGCCCCAAAUUAAGUUAACUCUCCAUCUUUCUGGUUUGAGAUAAUGUACUUAGGAAAUUUUAAUUGGAUAUUUCUCAAAUGGCAUAUUUUCCCACAAAUAAUACAAUAAAAAUAACUUGAGGGCCUCAGGUUUACUAAUUGGCUUCAUCUAGACUGGUUCUGAGAAGAGCAGAUGGAAAAACACUGUGGCAUUGACAUCCUUUUUCAACUGCUGCACAAAAAAUCCUAGGGACAGAGAUAGGAAUCUGACUUCAUAGAAAAAUAUAGCUCCUGGGUCCUACUGUUGCCUCUAUUGACUGUUCUCACCACCUGCUCACAUCCCUGCUAUCCAAGGACUUAGGUCAUUCACCAAGUGCAUAGAUAUCAACUCUUUAAAUAGGUAGCAAUAAGCAUCAGAACAGGAUGAGACCAGUAGAUGAUCACAGGCUCAUGCUUCCCUAAGCUUAUCACCCCAGCCACCCACAGGCCAACUUUAUUUUAAAGCUAGGAAGCAGUCUUACUUCUACUAGCCAGAGAUGCCACAGCAUGGUGCAAAAGACUCCAAAUGAAGGAGUUCUGUGAAUUCCUUUGUGGAGGGUGUGUGCCCAACAUUUGAAGGAACUUCAUUAUCCCAAGGAACACAGAUAUGUUCCAGAAGCUAUUGUUUCCAAAUAGUAAUGAAUUUCUCCUUGAAUAGCCUAACAGGGUGUUGGCUAUGCACGAAGUCUUCGAUAUAAGAUUCAAAAUCUUCACAAACUGCACAUGGUAGUGCUUUCCCUUAAGCUAUAAGCAAAGAAGUUUUCUAUUUUAUCAGCUUAAAAAUCAGUGUGAACUUCAUGACCCAAACAUGCAGAAGCAAGACCAGGCAUUAUGGACUUUGGACUCCACUUGCUGACAAAUUCACAAUUUUUAAAAGUGCUAUCUGGUUGUUAGUACUGAUCAGCAACUAAACAUAAGUGACUCUUCACCUUCAGAACCUGAAAGCUUACCAUUAUGAGAUGCAAAGAGCUUUCAAACCAGCUAGGCGAAGAAGAAAUUAUGGAGAUCACAGAUCCUGCCAAUCAUGAAUUUGUAUAGGAUUUCAACAGCUGUGAUCCUUUAUAACAUUGUCAAAGAGGUGCUGAGCAGAGAACCGAGAUGACGUUAAAUGGUACAUUCACCACAUCAUUAAAUAACAUCCAAUCCCAUAUAGAGAGUAUUAUUCCACUUUCAACACUCUUUCAGGAUUUCAGGUGAGGAAAGUUAGUUGUUGGAGGUAUGAUUUAAACACCUCUCCAGGCCCUGCAAGCCUUUUUAAGUACCAAGAGUAAGUCUAGAGCUUUUAGUAGAGGACAAUGUCUAGGUAGAAGUUGAUCAUGAUUUCCCUCUUUUACAAUUGCUUUUAUAAUUACCGUUCAUUUGUGAGAAAUAAUACUGAUAUUCCACUUAUAAGGACAAUAUAUAUUUUCUUUUUGGUACAAGUUUCUUUAAGCAACAAAGUGAAUUAAUGCAUAAAAAGUCAUUAGGUAGUUAACAGAAUACAUGUCAAGUGGAUAUGGAAUUGGAGAUACACUGAUUUUUAAAAUUACAACAACAUCCUCUUAAGACUCCAAUUGACUAACUCACAAAACAGCCUAUGAACAUUUUCCUCCAUUAAACAUGAUAUCAAAGUCAGCCUUCCUUUCACAAGCACCCUGACAUCCCGACAGGACUACUGCAAUUACCUAGUCAACCCUCCUACUCCUUUGUAGAUGAAGUAAUUAAAAUCAGAAAAGAUUUAGUGGCUUGCCACGUCCCUCAGCUUGUCAGAAAUUAAAAUUCACAAGGGUGUUGUAAGUAGACGAAUGAUUGUAUAAAAUUCCUUACAUGCCUCAACCCCAGUGCAUUAGAUGUGAUUAUGUUUGGCAUAUGUUGAACUAGGAAAAGAUAGAAGAGCAAUUACCCAUACCAAAUGUUCUUCGUUGUGUCUUUAUCUGUACAAGGGAAGUUUUGCAUAAAUUAAUCAGAUCUAGUGGCAAUAAUAAUAGUUAAUUCAAAAAGGCAAAUCGUAUCUGUAAGUAAACAAAAAGUUAGAUGGGUCUAUUGAAUAAAUUACACAUUCUAAAAGGAUAAAAGCCCCAAACCGAUUAAGGAAUCACUAAAGCUGUCACCUAAUUACUUCUUGGAAGGAAUUAGAGGUUCCUACAGAUGGAAGCAGUGUGUCAAGCCACAUGCCCAGAGUCAGGAGUGAGCAUGAGCACAGCAAUUCCCGGACUCAAAAAAACAGAUAAUGCUUUGCAGUCCAUCAUUACGCAAACUUUACUGGAAAGGGAGAAUGGACAAAGAAAAUAUGGUGGCCCUCCACCUGGCUGGAAUGCUGCACCCCCUGAAAGGGGCUGUGAAAUUUUUAUUGGAAAACUUCCUCGAGACCUUUUUGAGGAUGAGCUUAUACCAUUAUGUGAAAAAAUUGGUAAAAUUUAUGAAAUGAGAAUGAUGAUGGAUUUUAAUGGAAACAAUAGAGGAUAUGCAUUUGUAACAUUUUCAAAUAAACUGGAAGCCAAGAAUGCAAUCAAGCAACUUAAUAAUUAUGAAAUUAGAAAUGGGCGUCUCUUAGGGGUUUGUGCCAGUGUGGACAACUGCCGAUUAUUUGUUGGGGGCAUCCCAAAAACCAAAAAGAGAGAAGAAAUCUUAUCAGAGAUGAAAAAGGUUACUGAAGGUGUUGUCGAUGUCAUCGUCUACCCAAGCGCUGCAGAUAAAACCAAAAACCGGGGCUUUGCCUUUGUGGAGUAUGAGAGUCAUCGAGCGGCUGCCAUGGCCAGGAGGAAACUGUUACCAGGAAGAAUUCAGUUAUGGGGACAUCCUAUUGCAGUAGACUGGGCAGAACCAGAAGUAGAAGUUGAUGAAGAUACAAUGUCUUCAGUGAAAAUCCUAUAUGUAAGAAAUCUUAUGCUGUCUACCUCUGAGGAGAUGAUUGAAAAGGAAUUCAACAAUAUCAAACCAGGUGCUGUGGAAAGGGUGAAGAAAAUUCGAGACUAUGCUUUUGUGCACUUCAGUAACCGAGAAGAUGCAGUUGAGGCUAUGAAAGCUUUAAAUGGGAAGGUGCUGGAUGGUUCCCCCAUUGAAGUGACCCUGGCAAAACCAGUGGACAAGGACAGUUAUGUUAGGUACACCCGAGGCACAGGUGGAAGGGGUACCAUGCUUCAAGGAGAGUAUACCUACUCUUUGGGCCAAGUUUAUGAUCCCACCACAACCUACCUUGGAGCUCCUGUCUUCUAUGCCCCCCAGGCCUAUGCAGCAAUUCCCAGUCUUCAUUUCCCAGCCACCAAAGGACACCUCAGCAACAGAGCCAUUAUCCGAGCACCUUCUGUUAGAGAAAUUUACAUGAAUGUACCUGUAGGGGCUGCGGGAGUGAGAGGACUGGGCGGCCGCGGCUAUUUGGCAUACACAGGCCUGGGUCGAGGAUACCAGGUCAAAGGAGACAAGAGAGAAGACAAACUCUAUGACAUUUUACCUGGGAUGGAGCUCACCCCAAUGAAUCCUGUCGCGUUAAAACCCCAAGGAAUUAAACUCGCUCCCCAGAUAUUAGAAGAGAUUUGUCAGAAAAAUAACUGGGGACAGCCAGUGUACCAGCUGCAUUCUGCUAUUGGACAAGACCAGAGACAGCUCUUCUUAUACAAAAUAACCAUUCCUGCUCUAGCCAGCCAGAAUCCUGCAAUCCACCCUUUCACACCUCCAAAACUGAGUGCCUAUGUGGACGAAGCAAAGACAUACGCAGCCGAAUACACCCUGCAGACCCUGGGCAUCCCCACUGAUGGAGGCGAUCCUGGUACCAUGACUGCUGCUGCUGCUGCUGCUGCUGCUUUUCCAGGAUAUGCUGUCCCUAAUGCAACUGCACCUGUGUCUGCAGCCCAGCUCAAGCAAGCGGUAACGCUUGGACAAGACUUAGCAGCAUAUACAACCUAUGAGGUCUACCCUACUUUUGCAGUGACUGCCCGAGCGGAUGGAUAUGGCGCCUUCUGAAGAUACUUUUUAAAUUUAAGAAUAAGACGCACAAAACUCUAUUUAAAAAAGUAAAUAAAACUCUAACUCAGUCCCCUAAUGAUCAUAAGUAACAUCUUUCCUAAAGAAAUGCCUUUCCAGAGACUAUAGCUUAUACCAAUUGUAGAAUCAUGAAGUAAGAAUGUUAUUCUGAAAUGAAAUCAAAUGUUAAAGAACUUUUUGUUUAACAGAAAGCUGGAGAACCACUGCCCCAAAAGUUGUUCUUCCAAUGCUCCUGAGUGUUUGGGGCAUAUGUUUACAAAUCCUGCCAGGGUGGCAAGAGAUCUUUUAGCUGGCAAGAGUUGGGAGGGAUGGAGCAGACCUGAGCAGUCAUUAACAACCAAGGAAGCCAAGUAAACUACAGAGGCUUACCUCUGGCUCGCAGCUGCUUUUGUGAUACACAAAGUCAUAAAGAGGAAAAGGGAAGGUAGAAUGCAUUUUCAAAAUGCAUUCACCAUGGCCCACUCAGUGGGUCAUGAUUGCAGGCCUGAGCUCAUGAAAGACUGUCCAAGAUUCUGUGGAUUCAACCUCUCUUCAGCCUGAAAAUUUCAUCCAGUCGAUUUGUCACAGAUCAGGAUCUUCCUGUCCCCUAAAGCCCAUGGAGACUUCCUAGAAAUAGAUAUGAUGUGUUGCAGAUAUGGUUAAAACAAAUCCAGGUCCCACUGUUUAUUCAGCUCAUUAGUCCACACCUAUUUUUCCCUAGAACUCCUACCUUUUCCAAUAAUCAUGCCAACAUGAAAUGACUUUUUCUAAUUUAAAAUGUUUUGACUUGUUCAUAUUGAUUUAUUUUCAUCAUCUCAGACUCAUUUUUCUCCUACCUAAUAUUAUAAAAAAUGUAAAUCAGAGAUACAGAAUAUCAUUUACGAUACUUCUUCCUAUUCAGCAAAUUGACUGAAAAGUCAUUUUAAAGAGAGAAGAACAGAUUUGCUCUCAUUUCUUUGAUAUUUUUGCAAUAUCCACCCCACCAUCUAGUAUUCAGAUACAGUUAUAUUAACUUGGGGUUAGCCUUGAAUUAUCUAACCCAUUUAUUUUAAAUCUGCCAGGAAAUCCUCUUUCUUUCCUUCCUUUUUCUUUCAGUGAGUAUCAGGCAGAUUCACCAUACCUGAGUCCUCUUGUCUUGAAGCUGCCACAGAAAAAUCUUAAAUCAAUCAUUGCUGAUUAGAAACUGUUUCAAUCAGCAUGGGUGUCAUUUACCAAAAUCCCCCUAGAGUCCUGGAUCUCUUCUCCAGGAACAUCUGAUGAUGAAGAGAGGGGAGCAACAGCACUACAAAACCUGGAACAGAGGUAAAGAGAAGGCACUACUUUCUUGCCAUAUUUGUAAAUGAUUGCUUUGUUCAAACUUAAAUAAUCUAAGUCCAACACCAAAUACCUAUUACUCCUACUUCAGCCUCAUUCUUGGUUUAAGAUACAGUAAUAGAAUUUUCAUUUUUUAAAAUCCCUUGGCCCUUACAAAAAUCUACAGAACUCAAAGGAAAACAUUAAUACAAAGACACAAAAUUUUGCCAACUCCUUAAUGGAAUCCUGUGAUCCAAAAGCAGACCAGAUUCUAAUCAAAAUCAGGUAAAUUUCAAUCACAAUUAAAAGUACUUGUAAUAUUUCUGUUGUACUAACUCCAGUGAAGUAACAAAGGCUUCAAGGCUACAACUGAAACUCGGAAAGGCCCUGUGCUUUCUGUUUUACAUUUAGCUUCUAAUAUUUCUUAGGACACAAGUUCCCAAAGUAAGCUGUACAACAGAAUCAUCUGGAGAGCUUUUAAAAAUGCUAAUGCCAAUAUAGUAUCUCAUAACAUUUACAUCAAAAUUUCUUUGGAUGGGUGCCUGGCAUCAGUAUUUUUUAAUGAUCCCUAGGUGAUUUCAAUAUGCACCUAGGUUUAGGAAUUGCUAUAUUCUUGUAUUUAUACUAUGUUUCUUAAUUUCUUUUUUUAUUUCACUUUUAUUAAAUAGAAAAAUGCAAUUAAAAAUCAUCUAAGUUAAAACAAAUAGCCAAAUCAUAUUUAUCCCAUUAAUAGUAUGAAUUUAAAAGUAAUUUAUAUAGGCUUGAAACUAACUCUAAAAAGGAGAAAGUAAAACAACUUUCUCCUAAAGCAAUUCUUAAAUUCAAAUUUACACUCUCCCACAGAUCUGCUUUUAUUCUCAAAGAUAGUAAUUACAUUGACAUACAAAUGUCCAUUGGGGCAGGCAAAUUUUUACUCAGUCUAAAAAUGCAUUCCAAAUUCUAGGAGCAGGAGAUCUGAUUUUCCUUAAAAUCUUUGAAAAUAAAUAGCAAAGGGUAUUUAUUAUCAGAUGGCUUGUCAGUGCAGAUUAGGUUUGAUUCGAAGAAGCUUUAAAUUUAAUCAAAAUGAAAAAAUAGUUAAUACUGGAAUUUCUUUAUGAGAAAAAAUUCAUUAUUCUGGAUAAAGUCAUAAUUGUUUUUAUACAAGAUAAAGAACAAACACCCAAACAUACAAUAAUACCAAAAUAUCGAGAAAAUUACCACGGGAACACCAUCUCAAGUUAUCACACCAUUUACCUCCCUAGAGCCAGUUUUGUACAAAUAGGUAGAUGUGGUUUUGUUUUUUUGCUAAAACUUUGUUUUAGUAGUAUCUAGGGAAUACUUCGAAUUCCAUUAAAUUAUAUUCAUAGAAACUGUU